UUCAGAACAUCUGCAGCAGCUGCACAACACAUAAAGGAUGUUUGUUCUAAAUGAAUAGACAAAGUCUCGACCCUGUGCUCAGGCAGGAACUAAUAAUAAUAAUCAUUGUAGUUUCACAGGCAGAAUCUCCAGGACCUCAAAUUUCACAAACACACUCUAGAAGCUUUACUGUAAUCACCACAAUCAAAUCUAAUGGGAUUAGACCGUAUUAAUAAAAGUCAUUCACAAAAGAUAAAACCUUCAUCUCUAAUUAUUCAUUUGUUUCAAUUUAAGCAUAAUUAUUUGAGUUCAUUUAAAUAUUCUACAGAACAAAAAAUUUUACUUUGUACUUUGGGUUAAAACCUUCAGAUACUCUUUAUAUAUUGUGUUAAUACUGGCAGCUGUAAAUAAGUGUGUGUGUGUGUGUGUGUGUGUGUGUGUGCGUGUGUGUGUGUGUCAGGACAAAUACAAUACAGCUGUAAAAUUCAUAAGCCUUCGCUGGUACUUCCGUCCUCCCCCUCCGUUCCUCCCUCUGUGGCUAUUCUUUCUUUUCUCUGAGAGCAUGUCUGUGUCAGAGCUCAGAGUCUCUGUAAGGCUCACAGUGAGAAGAUCCACUGACCGGAGACUGUCUGAACAUCACAGUGUGAGGGACACACUGACCGGUGUCUUUCAGCAGCUCACAGUGAGAGGACACAGUGUCCCCCUGACUACCACGAACCCUUCAGCACCGUCGUUUUUCAGAGACACACUCCCAGCAUGACUCGUAAGGUGCUCAGUAACACUCGUGAGCGCUGGCGUCAGCAGAGCGUUAACACGGCGUUUGCUGAACUCAGGAAGCUCAUCCCGACUCAUCCUCCUGAGAAAAAGCUGAGCAAGAACGAGAUCCUGAGACUGGCCAUGCGCUACAUCACAUUCCUGCUCACGCUGCUGGAGAACCAGAGAGACGGAGAAACAGAACAUUCGUCCUCCACGCUCAUCACACUCAUCACGGGGAACAUGAGGAACCUGAGCUCACAGUCUGAAACACACUCACCUGGAUCCAGCAGUGAUGGGGCAGAGAGCUGGUAGA